AUGUCUACUCGCUCACGUCCUGCCGCCCGAAAAGGAACUCGAGUACGAACGUAUUCGACAAGGAGAAAUGAAGAAGAGGAUCGAGCUGAGAGGGCAGGGCAAUUGAAGAGGACCAAAGCUGGAUUAAUCGGGAUGCUAAGGAAAACGCGUGAGGAAAUUGCUAAUUUGCGAAUCGAAAGAGGAGAUAUAUGGUCAGAGGAUUUGGAAGUGAAGUUGGCGGUGUACGAAGAAACAUGGAGGAAGUUUGUGAAAACCCAUGAAUGUUUUAUGGAAUUAACAGAGCCAGGAUUUAAAAGGAACGGUGCCCAAACCAUGUACGACGAAGAGUUUGCAAAGAAAAUGGAACUGGACGAGAUUGUGAAACGAAUGCGCGUCGCCUGUGGAUCAAAGUCCAUUGAAGGAAGCAUGAGGUCACGUGAAAGAAAGGGCGCGAAAACCGUGAGUACUGAAAUCAGCUGUAACUCGGUUUAUAGUGCGUUUGAUGCUCGAAGGGAAAAAGUGAUUUUGACAAAACUUAUAGUAGAACAUUUGAAGAAAAGGCAAGAGCUUUAA